GAGGGUCGGGGUGUUGAAGAGAGGCGAUUGAAGGGUUACAAAUCGCGAUCGUCUGCGAAAAGUAAGAAUUGAAAGAUGAAGGAGUUCAAGCGAGGACUGGAAAGGCGCGGCGAAGGCGAUAAGACUAGGGAAAUCUGGCGGCCAAGAAGUGUUUACAGCAGUGAAGUACCUUUAUCACACAGUAGUGCAUGUGAUAAGGCUAGAGAACAGUAGGAGAAGAACUUCGCAACAAAGGACGCAAAAGUUUCGACUUUUAUCACCAGAUCUUCAACUGACGGCAGGUGGCCCACCCAAGAUCACAUGCGCAGUUUUCGAAUUUGCUGUAGCUGUUAAAUCGAGGGGCAUCAACAGGUAAUUAUGUACUCAGGUGACGCCUUAGGGGGCUUACACGUGGAACUUUGCAAUGUAAGUCUUUAAGUUAACAAGCCACUAGCAGGUGCUCUCAUGUCACUCCUGUUUGUUUUUUUUUCGUUUCACAAUAAAAACAGAAGUGGACUGACCAACCUAACCAUAGCAUGACCAACAUCUGAACACUGAACAAUUCGGACUGGUUGCUCCAGGCAUACGAGUACUUUUCCGGGACUAACACCCCCAGGACACGUUCUGCUGCCUUCCGGGUUUUAUUCCUAUACCUUCAUGACGAGAAAGCAAGCAUCAUGGCGCGCCAUGGCAACGCCAGACCUGCAAUGAGUAUAUCAGGGCAGGAGAAGGUCGAGGACAGCCAAGGAAGGGUCAUGCACUCUCUUGACAGGAAGUCUGAGAUGAUCGCCACGCCGUCGCGAGUUUUUAACGGGAAAGGCCGUGACUACAACGACAUUAAUGAAUCGUUUCUUCUCUCUGCUCGAUCGCAGACUGUCCGCCAUGGUCGUCCGGACAUCCAGACAGCUAGAGGCAUGGACUAUUCCUUCUCAGAAGGCAAUGAAGAUAAAGAGAACUACAUGUACUUACAGUCAGACAGUUCUAUAACUUCUCCUGACUUGGGCAAGUGGGUGAGUCGCAGAACCCCUAUUAGACUAACAUUUAGCCCCAGUCAAAAGAACGCAACCGGUACAAACUCGCCCUCGGAAAUUCGGGAAAGAUUUCAACGAUUUUCUGCCUCGCAAGAGACACAUAUUAAGCAACCUUCAGCCUGAGACAAAUAUAUCCCCGACUACAUCUAGGCUGAUGACAGGAGACCGAAACUCUCCCAGCAAAAAAACACAACUUUAAGAUUUGACUCGAAAACGCAAAAUAAAUCGCUUUCUCCGGAAAAGUUUCGGCAGACUAGCUCCUCUACAGACAAAAGCAACAUAGAAGCUCACACCAUUGGGGGCUGAGACAGGGUCUGGCAGUGCUGACUGGGACAGCGGGAUAGGGACAUCUGGUCCCCUUGAUCUUUCUCUACCUUGGAGGAAACGUGCAGAGUCAGUCUCUACCCCACUGAGGGGUGUCAGAGCAAAGAGACAACUAGAGCCUGAGUUAGAGCUCGAUUCUGGUGUUGACAGCACAGAGAAGGAGAAGCCACGUGAGCCCAAGAACAACCGUAAAAGCAGAAGAAGAAAGCUUCUAACAUCGACGCCAAAGGUCGACUCCAAAACCAACAUCGAGAAGGACUCGAUCCACUUGAUUCCUUUAAACCGCUUGCUAGAAUUGCAGGGCAAAGGGGAAGCUUCAAAGACAGAGGCUGCAGCGAAAUUGUCCCAGAAACGCGCGUGCAUGGUGGGUCGUUGGGAAACGGUGAAUGUCGCUUAAACGAUGUCCAUAGAAGAGCCGCAGGGUUGUGUUCUCAGAAGCUGUCCACCAAAUGGCCUUUCUGUGUCCCCGGUCACGAGAAACGCGCUCCCUGAGAUGGUUGAGCAUCACGAGGGCGCUGACAUGAAAACGUAUUCAGGUUCCUUCUCCUCGACAACCACAUGUGACGUCAGAGUCGUGCGUGCUGGGAGUCGGGUCUGAUAUUGGAAUAGUAGCUUCACCAACUCCAUGCCCGCCUGCAACCCAGAUCGCGUCAAGCGAACAGAGGGUGGUCAGGAGGUGUGGCCACAUGGCCGUCAGUUACUCUACUCCUCGUGCCGGACCGAGCAUGCGCAAUGGCCUCAGAACAGUUCGUUCGACAAGCCGAGCAUAAGCCAUGGUGCAUCAGGCGCUGCAGACGACAGUGCAGGGCUUGUUAUUGCUGAUACUGAUCUCGCACAGCAGGUGUCUGCUGCAUUACCCAAUAAAUCGUCAGCAGCAGGAAUUUCUGGGUCGACGUUCUCCGUCGAGAACCUUCUGAAAACCGACAAAAAGCCUCAAAAGGGCCUGGAUGCACGGAGACAACGUACGCAGGUUCUGCUUUUGAUUCUCGCGGACUUGAAAGACUUUACGACAGACAGCUACCUACUAAAAGUCUUUUGCCAUUACCAUCGUCACUGCCGCUGAUGCCUGUGCAGUACAACUGGCCCGCCUACAAACCACCCCACGAUUUGCUGACCCUCACAACAGACCCUCCCUUCGUGACCCCGAAUCUGCAGGGAUACCAAACUCAGUUUUCACCCGCAGCACUGCCGUCCUCUCAUCCAAUGGCGAACUCGUGCUUCUUGCCAGCAAGACCCAGUCAGAUUCAGUUUACGUCUGAACAUCAAGGUCACGUGAUCGCCUCGUCAGGUACAUCAUCUCCUUGCAGCCCGCCACAGACACCUGUCGACAACCACCAGCAGCGCAGGGUGUCUUCAGUCGCACCCACAGUCGACCCCGAGGACGCUGCGGUGAGGACGAGCAGACACACAGUCUUACUCGAAGGCAAAGGUCAUGCGGAUGGCGAGAAAAGCGAAGGUCAUGAUGAGGAUGGCGAGGAAAAGGAGGCCAAAGGUCAGGACAUAACGAUGAAGAUCGAGAACGAUAAGACAACCCAGAACUCCAGUCUCCUGAAGCCCGAUGAGGCUUUGGAUCACCUCAGUCACGUGAUCUCAACAUACGCUCCUAAUGUCAACCUCUGCCCGAGCCUUGUCAAGACCGUCAGUAGUGUUAAGGAUGGGUUUGUAGGAGUCAUCAACUCUGGACUUGGAAUCGUCAACCCAAACUACACGAGGAGCUUCAUUCCGCCAUCGGAUAUGCCGGGUUCCUUCCAAUGCUCCGUGUGCAACAAAGUAAUGAAGAGCAAGAGAAUGUACAACCGACACAGGCGCAACCAUUUGCCCGUCAAACACUUUCUCUGUGUCUUCUGCUACAAGGGAUUCAACGAUUCUUUCGACUUGAAGCGCCAUACUCGAACUCACACAGGCAACAAGCCGUACGCGUGUCCCAUCACUCCCUGCACGAAGACCUGCGCCCAACGUGUGACCCUAGAGAACCAUCUCGAGAAGAUCCACGGGAUCAAAACACCUUACGAGAAGAAAGAGCGCCGCCCCAAGGUGUAUGUCUGCGAGCUGUGCCAGACAACUUACCACACCCGCCACGAGGUGGUGGAGCACACCAAAACCAAUCACCCUAACGACCCGUGUCUGCAGAGGCUGCACGACCGACGCCAUUUUGGCGCGGAGGAAGGUUCAGGAAGCUCCCAGAACCAGCCCAAGGCCCGUCGCCGAACUGGUCGGCAGAGAAAGUGACGCUCGGCGCUAUCGCCAUCAAAAGCGAAAACUUUAUGUAAAGUCUCCUUGCCUGACACUUGCUUUGCAAAAACACUGACCAAGAUAAACUGAUAAAAACCUGACUCACUGGAUAUUUCCAGAGUCAGACAUCAUCUUACUGAUAGGAGUUUUCAAGUGCUAGCGAUGGACAUAUGGAUACUCAAUGUAAAAUAUAUAUAUUUUAAAUUCCCAGCACUUCGACUCUGCUCCUAACUUUUUGAUGUCCCUCUCCCACUUUGUCCUAGUGAGAUUAUCGCCCUCGUUUACACAAGCUGCUGUCCAUACAUUCAGAUGCUUGUAGAGGGCGCUAUCGGGUUUCCAAAUGUUUUCAUAGAUAGGGUCGCUGUUACAUAUUCUUAGUUGCUGACACGGCGUAAAACAAUCAACCAUCACAGAUAGGGUUUUAAAAACCAGUGGCGCAGGAAGAUGCUCAUAUUUGUGGGGGUGGGGUGGGAGGGGUAAACCAUGUUGACAGUGAACAUUCUUGCCACUUUUUUUCUGAAGGGAGGUUGGUCCCACUCUCCACUCCAGGUUCCUACGCCAAACGCUCAUUUUUUUUUUUUUAGAAAUCUGCGAAUCUUGAGAUCAACUUGCUGCCUUUGGGCUUCAUUGCCUGCAUGCUGCUAUCGGAUUUGCUGCCUUCGAUUCUCGAGGACACGAUUUUUGUUUGACUACGACAGACAGCUACCUACUGCUAGUCUCUUGCCUUUAGCAUCAUCCCUUCCUCUGAUGACCCGUGCAGUACAACUAUCCUGUCUACAAACCACCCCACAAUUUACUGACCUUUGCCACAUACCCCUUUCCUGCUACCCCGAAUCUGAAGGGAUACUAGACAAGCUUUCUCAUCCGUUGUGCUGUCGUCCUCACAUCUGGUGCGAGUGAUGGUGAACUCAACUUAUUGUCAGCAAGAUCCAGCCAGAUCCAGCUUACGUCUGAACAGCCAAGUCACGUGACCGCUUGUCAAGAAUGCCGUUCUCUCCCUCCCCAGCAGUCCAGUUACCAGAAAAUUGCAGGUUGCAGCUAACGGCAGAAGUAGUGGUGACGAGCAGACGUGCUUCCUUCAGUCUCACUGGAAAACGAAGAUCAGGAUAAGGAUGGCGAGAAAAAGCAAGGCCAAAGAAUAAUAAUGUGCCCAUUUUAUUCUGGUGAUGAGAAAUGAAAAACGAAACGAUGUCGCCCAGCACUAAAGGAGCUACACCCGUCCACCACGGUUUCCUCAAGGGUUCCAACCAUUCCAACGAAUUGAAACGUCACAUUCAAACCAGCAUGGGAUGUGGCCAGACACGCACGAAGUCUUUGCACGCAACGUGGACUCUGGAGAUCACCUGCAGUUGAUCCAUGAGAUGAAGAAUCUGGACGUGAAGUUGUCUAAGAACUGUAACAACUACCUACUACACUCGCCACGAGGUGGCGAAGCACAUCAAGAUCAUCCACCCAGAAGAACCUUGCCUGCAGAGGCUGCACGAUCGACACCAUUUUGGCGCCGUGGAAGGCUCGAGCCCAAGUCUCACCUCCGACCCGAUCGGCAGAAAAAAAAAAAGGAACGGUCGUUAGAUGGCCCUGCAGAUUAAGAGUGAACUACACUCCCUCUUAAGCUAUGAACACACACCACCUUCGUGUAUGAACGUGCCGUAGACUUUACUAUGGUGGGACAGUUUGUCAAAACAUCAAGAAAUGGGAUUUUUGAGACACUAAAUAUAGGUGAAUGCACAAAAAGCCCGGACUUCUGGAUCAUGCUACAAAAGAUUGUGUCCCCUUCCCAAUUUUUGUUGUUAUUUUGUGGUCGUCAUUAAGACGAGUUGCGGCUCGAUACUUGUAGAGUGCACAUUUUUGACGAGUAUGGCUUUAAACAUAGUAAUCAUUGUCUUCAUUAUCAUCGUUGAGUACUGUACAUAAAAGGCUUGACCAUGUGGCCAUGAUCACCUUGAUGUUUUAAAUUAUUGCGUUCUAUAGAAAUCCAUGCAGUAUUCUAUGCAGUCCAGAUCUUGCUGCAUUCGAAUCUGCAUUUCUUAAAAGAGCGUUUCACUCUUUCGUAAUAUUUCCCUUAGCCAUGUAAAUUAAGUUCAGAUUUUUUUCUGUUGGAAUUAAAAUUUGGACAUAAGACUGGACCUAUUGUCAUUGAGUUGU